CGGCCGCUACGGGGCUACGGCUGAGCUACAGUUACUUCUCUCUCUUCUGUCACUCUCACUGUGUGGUUGGUGCGGUGCCAGGCAGGGCCGAGCGGCCCCCGUGUGAUGGGUGGUAAUGGGGUCUUGUUCUGUGGUGUCGUUUUCACGCACGCCAAUCUGUGCCCCAUGUGGCGAACAAGCGGUGUUGCUAAGCUCUGAAAUCAUGAUGAAGUUUGCAUGCUAGGGUAAUAUAAAAUUUCUCCCUGCCCUGAUAUCAGUGGUGGUUUUCCUUGUCACCAUGGAAAUUCUGAUGACUCCCGAUUAUUACGUGAUCAUCGAUGGUGAAGAAACCUUGUGGUGCAGCCGUGUUGACGGGAAACUGGAACCGAGAAAACGAUCUGAAUUACAUCCGCUGACAGAUGCUGUCUGUUUGGGCACAGUUUAUGGGAUCAUCGGAAAAUUCCAGCCACAUCCAGACUCGGACCAGCAGUUAGUCCUGAUUCGACAAACAAGUCUCAUAGGAUCCCUGCCGGGAAACCACCAGGUCUUUAAGGUUAACAAGGUUGUCUUGGUGCCACUCUCAGUCCAUGAAGCCCCAGAACUGGAGAUGGAGCCAUGCAGCAAGCACCCAUCAAGCUGGAGAAGACCUGAACGAAGCCCUGCAUCAGAGCUACAGCAGCGAGCUCUUCAGAAAACCUGGCAAACCAUCAAAACUGCCACAGGUCAAGUCAAGCCACGCAAGAAUGUGCAGAAUCGAGAGCGGGACAAAUAUGAAAGGAGACUGCUGGAUGAACUCUUGAAGAUGUUUAAUGACACAGACUCAUUUUACUUCUCUCCAACUGGUGAUCUGACCAACACAAUGCAACGGCAAGUGGAGCAGCCACCACUACCUGCAGAAUUACCCCGCUGGAAAAGUCUGGAUGAAAGAUUUUUUUGGAACCGUGAAAUGCUUCAUGACUUGACGGAAGUUGAGGGUGGUGACCACUGGGUCUUGCCUAUUAUUCAAGGCUUUGUGCAAGUUGAGCGCUGCCAGCUUGACCCCAUCGAUGACAACCAGCCAGAAGCAGCACUUUGCCAGGAUAGUUCGGGUGCCUGGUUUGAUGUGCAAAGUGCUGCACGUCCAUUGGCCAAGGAGUUCACCAUGACUUUAGUGUCACGGCGAAGUCGUUACCGAGCAGGAACACGUUACAAGCGGCGAGGGGUGGAUGAAAUGGGCAAGUGCGCCAACUACGUGGAGACUGAGCAAAUUUUUGAGCAUGCUGCCCAUGUGGUAUCAUUCGUACAAGUGCGUGGCUCAGUGCCUGUCUUCUGGAGUCAACCCGGCUAUAAGUACCGUCCGCCUCCACGUCUUGACAGAGAUGAAGAAGAAACAAAACAAGCCUUUGAGAAACACUUUGUUGAGCAGAUAGCACUCUAUGGGAGCCAGGUUAUAAUCAGCCUUGUGGAACAAACUGGAAAAGAAAAACUUCUUGCAGAUGCAUACCUGAAUCAUGUUCUUCACCUGGAUUGCCCUGAACUGACAUAUGUCAGCUUUGACUUUCAUGAAUAUUGUAGAGGUAUGCGUUUUGAGAAUGUUUCAGUUCUCAUCGACGGUAUCAAGGAUUUGAUUCGUGACAUGCGAUACUGCUGGUUGGACCAGCAGGGACUUAUAUGUGGUCAAAGAGGUGUCUUUCGAGUGAACUGCAUUGACUGCUUGGAUAGAACAAAUAUUGUGCAAACAGCCAUUGCCAAGACUGCCAUGGACACUCAGUUUGUUCGGCUGGGCUUGCUGCCACCUGAGGGAGUGCUGCCUACAGCUUGCCGGCGCAUUUUCCAAAUGUUAUGGGCCAACAACGGAGACAUUAUCAGCCGCCAGUAUGCAGGCACUGUAGCUCUCAAGGGAGACUUCACAAGGACAGGUUCCAGACGCCUAGCAGGAAUGAUGAAAGAUGGUUACAACUCUGCCAACAGGUACUAUGUGAACCGGUUCAAGGAUGCUUACCGGCAAGCCACUAUUGACCUGAUGUUGGGCAAUCCAAUCACAGAAGACUUUAUGGCAGUCAGCCCAGAGCAGGAUGAUGAGCCUGUUCUGGAAAUGCAAGACCAGGAGCACCAAGAGCAUGUCAAGCAGUUGAUAGAGCACUGCAAGAAGAUGCUGAUUCCUGAGAGUGAGGUGGUGCUAGGAGGAUGGGCUCUCAUUGAUGCAGACCCUGUCACUGGUGAUCCUGGGCAGGCUGACAUGGACUCCAUUCUGGUGUUGACCAAAGAUUCAUACUACGUGGCUGAGUAUGAUGACCAAACAGAUCGCAUUACCAAAUACCAAAGAGUGUUCCUAGAGGACCUUGAGAAAAUGGAACUAGGUCCUGAGCCAUCUCUCUUCAAGUCAAGACACUACUGUAUUCGUUUCCAUUAUCUGGUCAAUGGACAGAGUGGUUAUUUUCACAUGUUUCGGUCAACAGGAACUCGCUUCUUCAAUAACGUGGCUGUUCCCAUCAGUGGAGAAGAAGAAACCAUUGAGUCACUGAAGGCCAUCUGCGAGUCAUUCAAGGUGGCACUGAGCGUCAAGUCACUGAGUGUGCCAUUGUUUGAGGGUAAACUGGAGCGGCGCCGCAGCAAGCUGCCCUUUGUCCAGGGCGAGCGACCAGGCAGCCUGGGCUUGGCCCCUCUGGGUGCCAUGACACGUAACAUGUCUGAGGGUCAGCUGAUGGCCUUUGUGAGUGUCGGCUCACGUGCCCUCAGCAAUGUGACCUCACAGUUCGCCCGGCUGAACCCCAUGCGCAGUGUGCGUGGCCUGGCCAAACGCCCUGCUGCUGCACUGGGGGCACUCACCGAGGGCUCCUUCCAGGUGGACAGCUCGUCAGACUCGGAGGAAGACUCGGCACGCUGGCUGCGGCAACCACUGCCAGCAACCGAGCGUACACAGAGCUCGGACUACUCAAGUGACUCAGAUGCACCAGAGCCAGGCCAUGAUGCCCUACUAGAGAGCUGUGGCAUUCUCGCUACAAGCCCUGGCUUGGCCAACUGCGAGCAAAGGCCACCUGCCCACCAAGUUGUGGACAUUGACGAUUUUGUACUAGAUGCCAUGCGUCGUGCAUCGCUACGCCAGCCCAAGACCCAGUCGGCUGUUCUGGCACCACAGAUACAGGUGAGCGGAGAGUCUCCUGCAGAAGCACCUCUCGGAGGCCGCCUACGUCAGCUGUCCAAAUCCUCGGAGGAAUUGGAAAGCCGACCUGCCAGCACUUCACCGGGAAAUCUGUCCAGACUGUUUGUGCUAGAGGAAGGACCUCAUGAGCCAGCAAAAAUGAAAAUGUCCCACAGUGAGAGUGCCAUUCAAGAUUUUUCGCUUCCUGGUCCGAGUCCAGUGUCCUCGCCUAUUGUCAUCAAAAAAGAUCUGGUACUGUCACCCUUGUCGCGCAUCGCCAAGGGUGUACAGACCUUAGGCUUAAACCUACGGCCAGCAGCUAUUGUAGGACGUCGUGCACCACUGCCUGUGGAGAGCGAAGCUCUGCAGCAGCGUAAACGGGCCUGCCGCUCACAAAUAAUUGAACUCUGAUGCUAGACAACAGGCCUGGUACCCUCCAUGGGCAGUGUGCACAACUAGGGUGCAAGUACCAGUUCACAGCUUGCACACAUGAAAAUUCUGUUUCUGGCCAUGGAGCAACUAGUUCAGCUUCUGGAACAAAGAGAGCAAGAACUGUCCCUAAAAAAUGCAGCUAGUACUACUACAUGCACCCAACGACGUCUGCACACUUGGACGCAAUGCCUCUUUUUGCACUGUGGGCUUAGCAACAAGGAUGUCCCCAUGGCAAAAGUCAACCUCAUUGAUUUGUUACGAUAUCUAAAAGUGUUGUCAAUACCAAAAUAUGCAGUAGUGGCUAUCCUGAGCAUUUUCCUUAGCUCUAUCCAAAGCUCAAAUCUGUGCCCAGCCUAGUCUGUCCCCAACCUGCAUAUUCCUACUUACAACUAUUUCCCUGCCUGAGCGAUAGCUGCAAUCACCUUGAGCAGCUGUAAGCAUGUUGCACAAACAGUGGAAUGAAUCCAGCCAUCAGUACAGCAUGCUUGACAGCUCUCACUGGGUACUUGCUGCAUUUUUGUACAUAAUUUGUUGCAGCGAGUUUGUAUAAUCAUGUACUCAGAUUUAUACCAUGCAUGUUUUCACCACAGGAGAAUGCGAGUUCAUGUAUCGUACAUUUGGUGUGCCCUGUGCCUGCAGUUCCCUUUCCCCUCAGUUAGUGCACAAGUUUUUAGUUGCCAGCCAUUGUUGGGGGGCAUUUGAGUGCAUUUAUCACUGAACACAUUCCAUGCGUUUCCAGUCUUAAUUCACAAUAAUUUUGGACCAAGCAAUCAGCAACAACUUCGGCUGCUAGUGAAAACAAAUACUCAGCCACAGAGGCAUCACCUCUGUCACAUAAUCAUGUUCUCGUAUUGCUUGUUGUAGGCUUCUUUUGCCUUUUCAAGCAGCGUGGCAAUGCCUCGAACAUUUGUUGGUUAAGCAAAGUUAUGAGUGCAUGCUUGCUGGUUAUGCUUCACUACCAGAGAACAUGCAGGCCUGACAUUUUUGCAUCUGUGGACUGCCUGUAGAUAGUUCAGUCCUGGACUACUCCAGAGGAACACUGUUGAAAUUUGACAUCAAAAUUUGGCUGUUUGUGGCAUAUUCCUGUUUUAAAAGCUUUUCCAGGCGCCUAAGUGGGCUGUAAUUAAAAUCGACGUGAUGUAAGGCACCUUUGAGCUUAUAAUUGUUCGGAGCAUUCGAAGCACAAAAAGGCAAUGCCAUUUCACUGCAGAGGCUAGCAGUACCUCGUAACCAAACAGUGUAUUAAUGUACAAGUGAAGCUCUAGGAAAGUGCUGGCAAAGAAAAAUAUAUCUUGUUAUAGUUAUGCCAGUUAUACAGCAGCUGAGUCGCUUUGUGUGUGUACAGUGUCACAUGUCUAGCAAAAAGGAAGUAGCAAUGUGUACUUUAGAAGACAUUUUAGUGUGCAGAAAGGCUUUCACUGUAGUAAAAUUACACCAGUAGGUCCAAUCCCAGCACACUGUAGCUGUGCACAACUGGUUUAACUUCAUUUACAUAUGAUCUGUGCUGCUUGGGAUAUCAGUGCUUAAUUCCCAGUUUGGUACAGAUCUCCAAUUUAAAAGAUGUGAACUAUAAUGAAAAAUUUUCUGCUGCUGCAAUGCUUGUGCAAGUUGUUUAGUUUCUAUGGUUACAUCAAUUCUGUACAGGCCAAGCAAAUGAUGUAUUUGCUAUUGAGUGCUCCUAGGCACAUCCUGUUUGUAAGACCAUAAUGCUCAGCACAAUCUUUUUUUGGCAUGCCAGUUGAUUUAAAGCCAAAGCAACAUGUUAACACCAUGUGCUCAGUGUCUUGGCACCGCAGUAGCCCAAACGCUUGGCCCAUGUACUACCAUAUUGGUUCAGCCUCGAAAUAAAAUUGUGUGGCCUAUGAAA